UAAUUGGGAAUAUAUUUAAAAUGGGGGUCCCACCUACACAGUUUAUUUCGGCCGCCCCAAUUUGUCGUCUCUCUCGUCUCCUCCUUUCGCUCCGUCGUUCUUUUGCCUUUGACUCUCUCUCUCUCUCUCUGAUCUAUUAUAGUAAUUUCACACGCUACCUUCAAUUUUCCACUCUUCUUUAUCAACCAUUUAUUUGUUUAAUUCGUAAAUGUUGGUUUAUAUAUCACCCUUCAAAACGCUCGUCUCUCUCUCUCCUUGUUGUUAUGUUUUCUACUUCUGUUUGGGUGGGAGAGCUGAAUCCCUCUCUCUGUCUCUGCAUAAUUCAUCUGAGUUGUCUUCUUACUUGUUGUUGUUCGGAUUGAGCUUAAUCGCCCUAGAGAGAGAAGAGAGUGAAAGAGGAAGUAACUGUAUCGGCCAGCACGAACAGAGUUGGGCGGAGAAAUAACAGUUGUCGUCGGAAAAAGAAAAAGAAAAACAAAAAAGUUAAUCUUUGAUAUUUUUGUUGAGGAGAAUCAGAGAUCAUCAUCAUCGCGUGAGAUUUGAAGAGGGUGAUUCUUCGUCAACCUCUAAUGGCGGGCAGUAAUGAAGUAAAUGCUAAUGAAUCAAAGAGAGUGGUUCCCCUGAAUACAUGGAUCUUGAUAUCGAAUUUCAAGCUCGCCUACAAAAUGCUCCGGCGAUCCGACGGCACAUUCAACCGCGACUUGAACGAAUUCCUCGACCGGAAAGUCCCGGCCAACGCCGUCCCCGUCGACGGCGUCUACUCCUUCGACGUCGUCGAUCGCGCCACCAGCCUCCUCAACCGCGUCUACCUCGCCGCCGGCGAGAGCGACGCCCCGUGGGGGAUCGCCGAGCUCGAGAAGCCGCUGAGCGCCACCGCGAUCGUGCCGGUGAUCGUCUUCUUCCACGGCGGCAGCUUCGUCCACUCGUCCGCCAACAGCGCCAUCUACGACACCUUCUGCCGGCGCCUGGUGCGGACAUGCGGCGCCGCCGUGGUGUCCGUGAACUACCGGCGAUCGCCGGAGCACCGGUACCCGUGCGCCUACGACGACGGGUGGGCGGCGCUGAAAUGGGUGGAGUCGCGGUCGUGGCUGCGGAGCGGGGUGGACGCCCGGGUGCACAUGUACCUCGCCGGGGACAGCUCGGGCGGGAACAUCGCCCACCACGUGGCCGUCCGCGCGGCCGAGGAGGGCGUGGAGGUGCUCGGGAACAUCCUCCUCCACCCCCUCUUCGGCGGGCAGGAGCGGACGGAGUCGGAGAUGCGGCUGGACGGGAAGUACUUCGUUCGGAUUCAGGAUCGGGAUUGGUAUUGGCGGGCGUAUUUGCCCGAGGGGGAGGAUCGGGAUCACCCGGCGUGCAACGUGUUUGGGCGGCGCAGCCGGAGCAUCGAGGGGCUGAGCUUCCCGAAGAGCCUCGUGGUGGUGGCGGGGCUGGAUCUCCUCCAAGACUGGCAGUUAGGGUAUGUCCAUGGAUUGGAGGGGUCAGGGCAUGAGGUGAAAUUGCUGUAUCUUGAAGAGGCCACCAUUGGAUUCUACUUCUUGCCAAACAAUGAUCAUUUCCAUUGCUUGAUGGAGGAGAUGAAGGCCUUUCUCCACUCCUAGUGUUAAUACAUUGCUAUCUUACUCUAAAAAAAAUCCUUUUUUGGUGGAUAAGGAUAACCAUAACCUUGCUUCGUGGCAUCCAGUCAUGAGAUUAUGCUAAUUCAGCAACAUGGAUUAGGGAAAUCCAUGGUGUUAUCAUCUUGUGUACUAUAGAAAUAUAUAGUUUUUUUUUUUGCCUUAUAUGUAACUAGUAAGCCUACUUUGGUUUCCCCCUUGUAUGUCAGUAAAUACUAAUUUAGAAGGGCAUGCUUUAUUUUGAUCUA